AUGCUCGGUCUCAAAGCGACCUUCAAUGCGAUUGACAACAGUGGCGCAAUCAUCUGCGAAGUCGUCAACGUUUUGAAGCACAAGUCAAACCAUGGCUUUGCACGAGUCGGCGACGAGGUCGUCUGCGUGGUCAAGAAAGCCAGGCCGAUCCCAGCAGCGCUCACGACGACGCAAGCUGCGAAUAAGGUCAGGCGAGGUGAUGUCAGGCGAGCGGUCAUCGUGAGGACUCGCAAAGAAGCCAAGCGGAGCGAUGGAUCAGUCCUCAGAUUCGAUGACAAUGCCGGCGUGCUCAUCAACAACCGCAAAGAGUUGCUAGGGACGAGAAUCACGGGCGUUGUAGCUGCCGAGCUCAAGCACAAGGGCUGGGCGAGAAUCGUCGCGCUGGCAGAGAAGAUCGUGUGAUCUCGUUUGCGCAUGCAGAUUGUGUUGUACAACAGCAGGCUUCUCGUAUCAUCUGCGAUAGACAUACAUACCUACGAGUGCGAUGAGAAGAGCGAGGCAUGCGCUAAUCGGCUUGAUGGGUACGAACGCGAGAUCGAUAUUGC